CGGGGGGGGGGUGAGAGACACGUGACUGGACCGGUCUUAACUUCGGGUGACUUGAUCAGAGCAGGUGUGCUGCGGCGCUCUGCCCCAGUACAGGUGCGAGUGAGUUCGACACGGGUGUGAGGGCAGUGUCGGUGUCAAGCCUAGGACAGGUGUGUGUCUGUGUGGUCCGCGGUGUCGUUUGAACGGCUCUGGUGGCUCCCGACUGUUCACGCGUAGAGUUGGGCCAGGUCUUCGUAGCGCUGUCGGCUGAAGCUGAUUGGAGGCGAUGCUGAGUUGGCUGUAAGAGGCCAGCGCUGUUCGACCUCGGUCGUGGCUCUUUGCUCGGCCAGGCAGUGACGGCGGCUCUCGCGCUCUCGGCGGGACAUGGGGAACUCCAUCGCGCAGUGGCAGGACCCGCGACUCGUGGCGGACUUCCAACGCUUCUGCGGGCUGGAGGCCACCUGGGAACCAUCUCCAAAGAACAACGGCACCCCGCAUCAUCACGGGAUCACCGGUCAUUGGACGCAGAAUCAUGGGAUCAUCAAUGAUGGAGUCGCCAAUAAUGGGACCUCGGAUCAUGGAUUACAGAAUAAUGAUAAUGGAAUCACCAAUCAUGGGAUUACGAAUCUCGAGACGCAGAAUAAUGGCAUCGCCCUUAAUGGAAUAACGAAUCAUUGCACACAGAGUAAUGGGACUCAGAAUAAUGGGGCUCAGAGUAAUGGGAUCACCACUCAUGGAACCGAAAAUCGUGGGAUCGCAAAUCACGGGGACGCGGGUCCUCGGCUGCGUUCCGGGCACCGGGAAGGCGGCGAAGGCAACGGCGCGUGGUUGCAGACCGGGACCGGCGAGUACAAGCCUGCCGAUGGGGUCCUCACCUACAGGGUGCGGAGCCGCCUCCUCUACUGGCUAUUCCUGGCGGGCGCCACGCUGGGCCGCGAGGUCUUCUACAUCACCUUCAUGCCCUUCUGCUUCUGGAACUUCGAUCCCUUCGUGGCACGCAGGCUGCUCGGCGUGUGGAUGGUGGUGAUGUACGUGGGCCAGGCCUCCAAGGACGUGCUGCGCUGGCCCCGACCGCCCUCCCCGCCGGUGGUGAAGCUGGAGACGCGCGUGGACGCCGAGUACGGCAUGCCUUCCACGCACGCCAUGGCCGCCACCGCCAUCCCCUUCUGCUUCCUGCUGGCCACCGUCGGUCGCUACCAGUACCCGUACGGAUGGGGCCUGCUCGUGGCAGUUCUGGUGUGCGCGCUCGUGUCGCUGAGCCGGCUCUACACGGGGAUGCACACGGUGCUGGACGUGGUGAGCGGCGUGGCGAUCACGGCGGUGAUGAUCGCCGUGUCCUACCCGCUGUGGGACGUGCUGGACGAGCUGGUGCUGUCGUCGGCGCUCUCCCCGGCCGUCGUGCUGCUGGCGCCCUUCCUGCUGUGCCUCUACUACCCCGAGCUGGACCACUGGAGCACGGCGCGCGGCGACACCACCAUCAUCAUGGGCGCCGGCGCCGGCGGCCUCCUCGCCGGCUGGCUCACCCGGCGCCUGGGCUUCGACGCGGAGCCGCGCGGCCCGGCGGCGGCGCCGUUGGCGCUGCCCGACAUGACGCCGCACGGCGUGGUGCGGGCACUCGCCAGGUUCGGCAUCGGCAUCGCCGUGGUGGUCGUCACGAGACAGGUGGUGAAGUCGGUGUGUCUCCGCGCCGUGUGCCGCGCGUGCCGCGUGUCCCCGCUGGACGCCGAGUCGCGCCGCCGCCUGCAGGUGGAGGUCCCCUACAAGUUUGUGACGUACGCCACCAUCGGAGUCACCGCCGUGGGAGGCGUGCCCAUCCUACUGCAGAGCCUGGGGCUCGGGUAGACACGGGGCGGGCACCCUCACCACCCUCACCACCCUCACCACCCUCACAACCCCCACCACUCUCACCACCCUCACAACCCU